UUGCUCAUUCUUACUUUGAUAUCUAACUCAAUGUUCUUACAACCAUGCAAAACACUGGCAUUGUGCGUCUUAUUUUCCCGAUGCAAUCAACCGCGAAAACCUCAUUUAGCUCUUCACACCUGAGUAUCAUGGUUGUCUCAACAUAAUCGCAUUUUUCGCGCUAAUGACAGAGAAACUCGAUUACUUUUUGAGAACUCUCAAAUUACCCGAAUCCGAUGUUGUUUGUUGGAGGAACAAUUAAUUAAGCAUUGGGUUAUCUUUGACGUUCAAAUCUUGUCACCAUCUCCAGGGCGUCACAGGUGAGGACCACAAACAAAUUCUCCCUUCAUUCUGUUUACUUGGUGGGAAUCCAUUCAAUUUAGACGCAUGUAUUAAAAGCAGUGAAAGACCUUGGAAUUUCCAGCUGUUACAGCUGCAAACACGCGGCACUAAAUCUGCAAAGACGACAGGAUUUCAAGUAUCUUGAGUGGCAAUUCGUAAACAUAGCUCUAAACUCAACUUAAACCAGCGAAAGCGAUCGAAAAACUACGAUGUCGCACAGUUUGACGAUAGCUGGCUUCUUGUGGGUGAUUCUCUCCGUUCUGGGCGCGUUUGCGGCUUCCUCGGGUUUUUUCUUGCCCUACUGGAUACAAGGACAGAUAUACAACACAACAGUUUACUUGGGCGUGUUUCGUCGAUGUAAUUUCUUAAAAAAACGAGCAAACGGACUCUCGAUCCUUGUGCAAGCCUGUGGCCGAUAUGCAAGUUUUCAAGACAUUCCUUCGGAGGCAUGGAAAGCUAGUACAGUGAUGAUAGGAAUCGGUUGUGGGUUCCUGCUUGUAGUCGCUUUCACAGCCAUGUUUUCCUGUUGUUGUAAAGACAUUGUAACACGGACUUCGGCUCGGGUCGGAGGAGCGCUGCAAGUUUUAGCUGGCUUUCUCCUGGCGAUUGCUUGUGGCAUUUACCCUUCAGGCUGGGGAAGUGUUGAAUUUAAGCAAGCUUGUGGAAAAGAAGCAAAUUUUUACAGGCUCGGCCAUUGUAAACUAAGCUGGGCUUUCUUUUUGUUCGUGGCAGGUACUGGUUCGGCCUUUAUUUGUGCUGUUUUGUCCACUCGUGCUGCGAAACAGAACAAGCCGAUCUAUUCACGAACAAGUAUAGAGCGCUCAAACAGCUUCAUCAUGUAACACAAUCAUAGGCACCUAUUUGCAGCAUCUCUCUAAGGACAAAAAAAACAAUUCUGGAUGUAUACCUGACAGCAUUUAAGUCAACGACGUGAGUUUUACUCUCGUAAGGCCAACAUUUUCGUACAAUAAUCAGUCAUGCCUGAAGAAGUUCAGAAAUUUCCAAAGACGUUCCGAGUAUAUUCCGAAGGUUUCCGAAAGAAUAGACGAGAAUGCGGUGUCUCUAAAGUUCUCUGUUCCACAUGUGAAGGUUCAAUUUUAUGUAAAAUUAUUUGCAUGAACUGUAAUUAUCUCUUAUUGAUUCGAGUGAUUCAGUUGAAGCUUAAAUGUGAAAAUUGCAACAUUUUUCAUGGCAAGAUGCCUGAAUGUAUCAUAUAGAUUCACCAUUUAACCAGUCGUUUCCCUACGCGUAAUAAUUUCAGCCGCCUACCACCAUCGCCUCUGCCUCCAUAAAAACAUUUAUUGGUCAAAGAGGUCAGAUACCUGUCGUUUAGUCUAAAGUUCUUGCUGGUUAGUGGUUUGUAUGGCUGGCGAUUAUAAAAUCUCUGGAGGACACUGUACGCCUCGCCUCUAGCUCAUCCCCAUUUCCCCUCCUCCAGCUACUAAUGAACGCGAAAUAAGUGUUAUCACAAUUCAAAUGGACAAGGCAUAUUGUACACAAUAUUCUUGAACUCCAAGUGACAAUGCAGAACACAAGUAAUGCGUAAUAUUUUUUAGCCUUCAAUAACUUUUUUAAUCACCCCUCUUGCCUCAGUCCCUCUCCCUGAUAAGCCACUUUUCAAUGUACUCACUAGGGGCAAUUAGUAAACUCCCCAGGGAUUUAUUGUAAUGUUUACAGUAUUAUAAGUGAGCUUUUUGCCCAAACAGAAGGGCACUUAUUGCUUUAACUUGCAGAAAUGUCUAACAUGUUGCUUUUCUUUGGCAAAUCAAUGAAACAUAAUCCAGUAGAGAGAGGUUCUGAGAAUUGACUAGCUUUGUUAGAGAGAGGAUGGUAGCUUGAUAUAUCCUCAAAAUCUCAUUACUUAAUUUAAAGCAAUUGGCUAACAGUUUGAGGAGGCUGUGGUCUUGAGAAGUUUUAUUCAAUUUUGUCAAACCUAAAAAUCAGAAGAUACAAAAAGAUGAUUUCCUGCUGUAAAAGGAGAGCCCCCUUUAGAAGAAAGACUGUAUUAGGUUACACUUGUUAGUAAAAUGCGUUUAACUGUGUUUGGUACAAUACACUGUGUUCAUAUGCUGUGUUAGAAACUUAU